CGCUCGUCAGAUUCAAGGGACAACCUAAAUGCAAUGACACUUCGGAAACAGGAUGGUUCCUGCGUUCAAACGGAUUUGACUCCGGAUAUAAUUUACCGAAUUGUUCAGGCGAGGUGAUUCAUGAAGUGUUGGUCCAUGGACAAAGGUACCCGAAAGAUUCUUGUGUUGAUACUUUUGGUGCAGAUCCUAAUAUUACGCAAGUGCUUCAUUGUGGUGAAGAAAAAGCUAAGUUUUCCGAAAAAGUUGUAGUGAAAAAACCGUUUCAAAUGCAUAAAUGUUGCCCGGAAAAUAGUUUUUAUAAUGCCACAAAACAUGAGUGUGAGAACUUCGAAAUCGAAAUGACUCUGACUGAAAAAUACUCGUACAUCAUACUUGAUCGUGAACCAGCUUUGUUCUAUGUAAACAUCAGCAUUCCGCGAUGUGAGUACGCUUUAGUCGACUAUUCUAUUGAUAAUUAUGAUCUAACUAUGGACCAAGAAACUGGUGACCUCAAAGUGACUAUAAGGAAACGAAAUGAACAUAUGAUAUUUGAUAAAGGAACUUUUUGCCGUGAUGUGACAAGUGAGGGAAAAUCUAUUGCCAGGGUUUGUCAUCAACACCAUCAACCCGUUUGUGUUGACAGACCAUGUGUGAGAAAAUGUUGCAAUGAUGGCGAGAUGUACUGGGUAGAUCAAUGUGGAGAAAAACCAACUUGUAAGCCAAAACCUUAUGGUUUUACUCCAAUGUUUCACCAAGUUUCAGGAAAAGAAAACAUUUACACUAUCCCUGAUGACAUAUAUAUUUCAGAUUAUGCCAUCAUCUUUGGAGAUCCUUGCAUAAUUAACAGAAAAUUUGCCUUAAACAAAGGCGUAAAGAACGACACUAGUUUUCUAGACAUCGAAAGUGGUCACCUUAUUGUUCCUCUAUAUGAAGAUUCACUACACGAACAUCAUCAAUAUUGUUUGGAGCAAGUUUUUAAAGUAGGUUGUGAUGCAAAUGGAUCAAUUACAGAAAUUCCACAUAUGGAUGGAUUGUACACAUUUCUUUGUUACAAAGAUUUACCAAAAGAGCAACAGUUGCGGAGAGCGGCAUUGGCGCUGAUUGCUUCUUGUGUUUUCGUUGGUGCAACAAUUCUGGUUUAUUUACUGAUACCUAAAUUGCGAAAUCUCCAUGGAAAAACAUUACUUUGUUAUCUAGGUGCAAUGUUGGCUGCUUCCGCAGCCUUAAGUUAUGUCCAGUUAGAAAUCCGUGUAGAAGACAAAAAAGCCUGUAAAGGUUUAGGUUAUUUUAUAUAUUUUUCGUUCAUGGUAGCUUUCUUCUGGUUAAACGUAAUGUGUUAUGAUAUUUGGUCGACUUUUGGGUCUAUAACAGAUAUGGGAGGAAUGCGACAGAAACGCGACAAACGAAGGUUUCUUUAUUACAGUUUAUAUUCAUUUUCUGUUCCAUCAAUAAUAACGACAUAUACUGGAGUCAUGGAUCAUUGGGACUUUUAUGGACAUGAUAGCAAACUCAAUCCUGAUAUUGGUUAUAAAAAAUGUUUCAUUUCAAAUAAUUUAUCAAAUGUAGUUCAUUUUGUAACUCCUUUAUUGAUAACCAGCAUAGCAAAUAUUGUAUUUUUCAUCCUAACUGCGAGACACUGCAUAAGAGUCAAACAAGAAAUUAACAGAAUGCAAUCAAGAAAUUGCGAAAUGGCCAAAAAAUUUGAAGCAGACAAAUCCAAAUUUAUGGUGACACUCAAACUAUUUUUGGUGAUGGGGGUCGCUUGGUCUUCAGAAUUUAUAUCAGGCAUAAUUCAUAGAGAGAAAUAUUUUUGGUACGUUGCAGACUACAUAAAUGCUCUGUAUGGCAUUCCCAUUUUUAUCAUAUUUGUUCUCAAACGAAAUGUUUUUGAACUGAUAAAGACAAAAUUAGGGUGCGCUAAAACUAGAAGACCAUCAAAUGUUGCGGUUACCGCUACCACAUCUUUGGAAAACCAAACUAAAAGCUAGAUUGCUUUUAUUAAUGCUUAACAACACACCAUUUUUAAUAUUAGAAUACAGCACCAAAUUUAUACGAUAGGAAAACAGAAAUAUUUAAUUUGAUUUGAUUAUGCUGUGGGAAUGAACACGCUUAGGACACACACUAUACAGAUCUGAUUAAUACAUCAGCCUUGCAUGUUGUACGUACGUUUAUAUUUGCACCAAACACUUGCAAUUGACCAAUUUCUUCAGGAAUUAUUCAUAGAUCGCACAAGAGCCAUACAAAACAAUAGCAUAUCCAUUUUUAAUAAAAAUGAAACAUAUAAAGUAAGGCUGAAACUAUUUUUAAA